AUUUUUUUUAAUAUGCAGAGCUUUGGUGUAACACCACCAUUGUGAAUUCACAGCGUUUUUAAUAGUUAUAAAUAUUAAUUUUGGACAAAGGGAUAUCAAUUUUGGACAAAAGCAGACAAAAUGGGGAUGUUCACAAUAGCGAAUGUGAGACCUGGGACAUAUAACCUCUUCGCAUGGGCUGCCGGACAUAUUGGCGACUAUAAAUACGAGCGUGAAAUUAUAAUUACACCAGGUAAGGCAAUAAACGUAGGAUCCUUAGUGUAUGAGCCGCCAAGAAGUGGUCCGACGCUGUGGGAGAUCGGUGUACCGGAUCGGACCGCCUUAGAAUUCAAUAUCCCAGAUCCGGACCCAGCCCUUGUGACCAAACUAUAUGCAAAUCACCCAAAUGCUCCUGAAGACAGAUUUAGACAAUAUGGUCUAUGGGAUCGUUACAAAGUAUUGUAUCCUCGAGAAGAUGUUACUUUUACUGUUGGAGUGAGUGACUAUAAAAAAGAUUGGUUCUUUGCACAUCUCAACAGGAGAGCUGGAGAAAAGAAACUUCAAGCAACGACAUGGAAAAUUGUUUUUAACUUAAAACAAGUGUCCCAAACUGGAAAUUAUACUCUUCGAAUGGCUUUGGCUGCAGCCAACACUGCCGAUAUAUUAGUUCGGGUCAACGAACCUAGCUCCAAACCUAUGUUUAGGACUGGGUUAGUAGGUCGGGAUAACGCGAUCGCUAGACAUGGAAUUCAUGGGUUAUACAGAUUGUUCAAUAUAGACGUUCAGAGAAAGUUGCUUAAGGUUGGUGACAAUACGAUUUUUCUCACUCAAAACCGGGUCACUAGUAUUUUUACAGGUGUCAUGUAUGAUUAUCUUCGAUUGGAAGGUCCUUCAGGAGCCAUAUAAUCUCUUAAUAAUAGAUAAGUGAGUGAUGGGAGAGUUUUAUUUUUAUCUUUUUAAUAAAAACGUGAGUGUUUAUUUUUUUAAUAGGAAGAUUUGUUAUAAAUAAUCAAUAAUUUUUGUAACCAGUGAAAUAAAGAUUUUGACUA